UCCGUUCACAACUUCUAUCACUUCUCUCCUCCGUUCACAACUUCUAUCUCUCCUACGUUCACAACUUCUAUCACUUCUCUCCUCCGUUCACAACUUCUAUCACUUCUCUCCUCCUUUCACAACUUCCAUCACUUGUCUGAGCUGUCCAUCCAGACUCUGAAAGAAAUUGAAGAAGCAGUAUCCAUGACCAACACGAUGACAUCAACGGUCCUCAUCAGCUUCCUGGCCUGUCUGCUCCUGGCCAAUGUUGAAGGCCAGGUGGGUCAUUCUAAAGCUCGGUGCCUGUGUCUGAAUGGACUGGUGAACCACGUUAAACCUCUUCACAUUGAGAAGCUCGAGGUGUACACCUCCAGCCACUCCUGCAGGAACAUGGAGAUCAUUGUCACUCUGAAGAACAGAAAAGGGAAGAAGUGUCUGAAUCCAGAGGCUCCAUUUGCAAAGAAAACCAUUGAGAAAAUAAUGAACAAACAAAGGAGUGUGCAGUAAAUCUGUGAACUAAUGACACCAAUCCCAUUGAGAACUUGAUGGAACAGAGAGCACCAUGAGAGAGAGCUCAUCCGGAUUAAUUACCACAGUUGAGUCAAUGCACUGAAGACUGCCUGAGUACGUUUACACUCUUUAAUGGUACUUAGAAAGUCGUGUUUUAAAUUGACAAAAUUAGUAUGUCUUACACAAUAUGACUUACUAGUUGAGAAACAUUCCUAGAAUUUUCAAUGGAAAAGUAAGCAGGC